AUGAAUCCAUCUUCAUCAAACAGAAAAAAGAAGCAACCUCAACAAGUACAGCAGGAACCAGGUACUGGAUUAAGGUUUCUAGGUGUUAGGAGAAGGCCAUGGGGAAGAUAUGCAGCAGAGAUAAGAGACCCAUCAUCAAAGGAAAGGCAUUGGCUAGGCACCUUUGACACUGCUGAGGAAGCUGCCUUGGCCUAUGACAGAGCCGCUCGCUCCAUGCGUGGUUCUCGUGCUCGCACAAACUUUGUUUACUCUGACAUGCCUGCUGGUUCUUAUGUCACAUCCAUUAUUUCCCCUGAUGAACAACAAUCUCUACAGCAGCAGCAACACCAGCAACAUAGUGAUCAUAACAACAACUUGUCUUCAUUAUUCAUCAAUGUCCCUCCCUCUCAUGAUCAUCAGCCGGACUCGACUCCCAUUUUCAACCAGGAUUUUAGCUCCCAAUGCCAUUUGGAAGAGGGGUUUUCUUCAAUGACAUCUGGUGGAGGUUUUUGGAGCUGCUCCAGUAAUAAUACCUAUAAUCAACAACUAAAACAUGCUAUUCAAAACAAUGUGCUUCCUCAUGAGUUUCCUUCCAAUAUAUCUCACAGUUCGGAUUAUAAUAUGAGUCAAUGUAGUUGGACUGAUUCGUCAACUUCGGGGUUGAUGGGUUUUGAGGACCAGACAACAAUGACUAGUGGGUUUGAGUCAGUGGGGAGUAGUAGUGGUUCGUAUUUCGCGUUUGAUUCUGGAGAGUAUGUGCACAGUCCACUUUUUAGCAGGAUGCCCCCAGUCUCAGAUAUGGUACCAGAUGGUUUUGAUUUGGGCUCCUCUGCUUAUUUUUUCUAG